AUGGCCCCCAGCAUCUACGGCAAGACCGUCACCCCGUUUCUGCGAGAGCAUAUUCCCGGAUUAUACGCCCCCAUAGGCAAGCCCGAGACGCACGCCUCGCAAGAAAUCAGGAAAGAGAGGGAUCCCAACAGCAAGUUCUGUUACCGCCACCGGCCCGAUGCUAAAUGUCGGCGAGCUGCUGAUGAGAAAAAGAUGGUCAACAUUCAACGGGAACUCGAGAGACUCCCCGCGGCCGAUCAACAGGCCAUUACCCAUGUAUGGUCUCUUUUCUCGGCUGCCCCGGUGAAGCAUCGCGACUUGAUGCUUCAAGGUAUCAUCACGCAAUGUUGCUUCCCCCAACUAUCAACCGUCGCUCGCGAAGUCCAGGAACAACUGAAGAUCGACUUCCUGACUGCCCUACCCGUCGAAAUAUCCUACAAAGUCCUCAGCUACCUGGACACCGUCUCCCUCUGCAAAGCUGCCCAGGUAAGUCGACGAUGGCGCCAUUUGGCCGACGCCGACGUCGUGUGGCAUCACAUGUGCGAGCAGCAUAUCGACCGCAAGUGCACCAAGUGCGGCUGGGGCUUGCCCUUGCUGGAGCGCCAGAAGCUACGCGAUUGGAGGAGACAGCAGGAGCUGGCAAGGAAACGAAGGGACGAACGCUCACACGAGAUCGUGGAGACGGUAUUUUCCAAUGGCACCAGGAAACGAGAGCUCGUGAUCCGCGACGACAGCAGGAAACGCGCCUGUCUCGGCGGCGGCGGCGGCGGCGGCAGCGGCGAUGCAUCGGAUGCCGAUCGGAAGUCCCGGCCGUGGAAAAGCGUGUACCGGGAACGGUUCAAGGUCGGCUUCAACUGGAAGUACGGGCGGUGCGCUAUCAAGACUUUCAAGGGGCACGAGAACGGGGUGACCUGCCUCCAGUUCGACGAUCAGAUCCUCGUCACGGGCUCGUACGAUGCCAAAAUCAAGAUUUGGGACAUCAACACGGGCAAGGAAAUCCGGACCCUGACCGGCCACACGAUGGGCAUCCGAACCCUCAAGUUUGUCGACAACAAGCUCUUCAGCGGCAGCCUGGACAGCACGGUCAAGGUGUGGAACUGGCAGACGGGGGAGUGCAUCAGCACGCUACGCGGCCACAGCGAGGGCGUCGUCUCCGUCGACUUUGACGGCAAGUGGCUUGCGUCGGGUUCCAUCGACAAGACGAUCAAGGUGUUCAACUUUGACAGCAAGGAAACGUUUUGCCUGCGCGGACACGACGACUGGGUCAACCACGUCCGGCUCGACCCGGAGUCGCAGGUCAUUUUCUCCGUCUCCGACGAUUGCACCAUCAAGAUGUGGGACUUGGAGAACAAGGUGUGCAUCAGGACGCUCGAGGGCCACAUGGGUCAGGUGCAGCAGGUGCUGCUCAUGCCGGAGGAGUUCGAGCCCGACGAGGACACCCUCAGCCCGGACAACGGCGGCGACGCGGCUUCCGUCGCCAGUGCGCGGAGCAGCACCCCUUCGACCUAUGCCUAUGCCCAUGCCGCCUCGACACUGGGUUCCUCCUUCCACGAUCCCGUGUGCCGCUCCUCGGAUGACGAUCGGUCGGCGUACGGUCAGGCAUUCGUCGACAAUCCUUCGCGACCGCUACCUCCACGUUACAUCCUCACGGCUGGCUUGGACAAUACUAUCAAGCUGUGGUCCACGGCCACGGGCAAAUGCCUGCGUACCAUGUUCGGCCAUGUUGAAGGCAUCUGGGCUCUGGUGGGCGACUCUCUGCGCCUCGUGACGGGCGCGAACGACUCGAUGGUCAAGGUCUGGGAACCGUGCUCUGGAAAGUGCGAGAGGACCUUUACGGGCCACACGGGGCCAGUCACGUGUGUCGGACUCAGCGAUAGCCGCAUGGCCAGCGGCAGCGAGGAUGGCGAGGUGCGUCUUUAUAGCUUCGAAGCGGAUGAUCCGCUGCUUGAGGAGUGCGGCACUCCUGCGUGA